AUUGAAAUAAAAUGUCAACUGAAGACCCAACCAAGGUAGUGCGGAUCAACGACAUGCCUCCAGUGAACCAUCAUAAUAUCGAUGAAGUCGAACUUGAAUUAGAUUCUCCAAGAUUGCUUCAGGCUUGUAAAUAAUUUAGGAGUUUUACCUGAAGAAAUCGAUCCUAUGCAAAUUACUUCAAAAGGUUCUCAAGUGUCCCAAAUAUAUACUCAAGCUGUAGGCAAAUAAGAAAAUUGAUCAAGAAAUUCAAGACAAACUUGCCAAGCACAUCCGCACUCGUCUGAUUGAACUUAUUAACAAAGUUCUAGAAGAGCGAAACAAAAUUAAAUUCGCUGACUUCCUGCAGUACUUGAAAGCCAACCCUAAGAAGUCUCGGAGGAGAUACGGAUUCGUCAAAGCCAAAAAUGCUGCUGGCUUCAGGAUGUCUGUUUGAGACAGAAGCACCAAGAGCAGCCAAAAUUUGAUUCAGGAUAUCGCUCAUACUAGGAGAGGCUCGGCCACAUUUAUCAAAACUGCUCGUGUACUGGGGACUCCGAAGACUUCGAAGAGCGCUAGAAUUAGGAGUGAUGUAAGGGGCACUUUAAAGAAGCCAUCACCACAGAAAGCAAGGCUGCUUAGAUCACAAAGACUCAUUAAAGAAGAUCAAGAAGGACUAAAGAAGAUUCAGAAAAUUGCAUCCACAUUUAAAGCAGUAGACUUAAAGAUGAAAAAUAAGAAUAAAUAAAGUAAUCGAAUCAAUAGCCAAAGAGAACGAAAAGAGAGAACAAAGAUUACUCAACUACAAAUAGAAUCCAACAAGAAAUAGAGCAUAAACGCAAGGAGAACGAGGAAGUCCAUGAGGAAAGAAUGAGAGCUUAUGAAAUCCUUAAGAAAAAAAUAGAUAUUGACAUAAAAGAAAACCUUGAAAAACAGAGGCAGCGGUAUAUGGCUAAGAAGGAAAAAGUAAUGAAUAAGAGGAAGGAAAUGGCCAAUAAGGAAACUGAGUUUAGGGAUAAGGCACUCAAGUUUUUUGAUGUGAAGUUUGGAAUUAGUGGGGUUAGAAGAGGUAUAAAUAAAGAAUCUGUUAAGGAGAGAGCAAGGAGUGAAAAUAAGAGAGCAAUAGAGCAUUAUGAUAAAUUUAAGACACAAAGUUAUAUAACAAAUGAGAAAAACUACUUUAAUUCUAUUGAAGCUCAGAUAAAAGUUAACAAGAAAAUUGACAAAAUCAGAAAAAAUAAAAAACUUCAAUCCGAAAGAAUGAAACAACAAACCUCCAAAAGAACUAGCAAAAUCGACAACAACAAGAAACAAGAAGAAUACACUCGUAGUAUAAAAGUUGACCGUCUUCUCAAAAAGAUGAAACGAAAUGAGCAAAAUGUCCAAACCCAACGCCAUCUCCUCUCCCAAGAGAUCGAGCUGAAACAACAAAAGCGUAAAUGGAAGGAGAAAGAUAUUGAGAUCACGAUGCAGAGGCAGAAAAGAAUCCUACAGACCAAACAAGAUGCAUUAAUUCAGAAGGAACAGAAAUAUUCUCAAAGAGUUCAACUAGAAGCUGAGAAAGCUAGACUUGCUCUUGAGAAGAAUUAUAGAGAGAAUGUUAAAGAGCUGAAGGAGAGGGAUAAGUUGAUGGAGACUUUGACAAACCUACAGCACUUACCCCCUUCACAAAUGCCUGUCCUUCCCGACUAAAAUCUCUAUUUGCUUUCAA